GAUCUCCGUUGCGAAGAUAUUUUGUUCCUUAGUUAUAUUCAAGAUCACGUCACUUGAACGUGUGCAACCUUUGAGCAGGAACUAAACUCGAGUGAUUUGGGUGAAUGUGACACACGGAUCUACACGUGCGACACAUCCAGAAACCACUGCAAUUUCAGCCAGUAUUUUUCUUUUAAAUAAAGCACAGCGUUUUUAAAACACUAGAAGAUGGCGGCGACGUGGUUUUUAAAACUGCCCAAACCCCAGCAAUUACUGUGUAAGAAUACUUUGGGGCUGUUCAUCUUUAAAAGAGGUCUUGCAGACAAAAGCUGGUUCCAGUCUUUGUUUGUGCAUAAAGUUGAUCCCAGGAAAGAUGCCCACUCCAACCUGCUGUCAAAAAAAGAGACCAGCAACCUGUACAAAAUACAGUUUCACAAUGUGAAACCAGAGUACCUAGACGCCUAUAACAACUUAUCAGCUGAGGUUCAGAACCGACUGCACUGUGACAAGGACUAUCCUUGUGAGAUAGUGGGAAGCUGGAACACUUGGUAUGGGGAACAAGACCAAGCUGUGCACCUCUGGCGAUACUCUGGGGGUUAUCCAGCCUUGACUGAAUGUUUAAACAAGUUGUGGCAGGAUAAGGAGUACUUGGAGUUCCGGAAGGAGAGGAGUAAAAUGCUGAUCUCGCGCAGAAACCAGCUGCUUCUGGAGUUCAGCUUCUGGAAUGAGCCGCUCUCCAGGGCAGGCCCCAAUAUCUAUGAGCUGCGUACCUACAAACUGAAGCCUGGAACAAUGAUUGAGUGGGGAAAUCACUGGGCUCGAGCCAUUCAGAAACGUCAAGAAAACCAAGAAGCUGUGGGUGGAUUCUUCACGCAGAUCGGAGAUCUGUAUGUGGUCCAUCAUCUGUGGGCUUACAAAGACUUGCAGUCUCGAGAAGAGACGAGAAAUGCUGCGUGGCAGAAACCAGGCUGGGAUGAAAAUGUGUAUUACACAGUGCCACUGAUUCGAAGCAUGGAAUCCAGAAUCAUGAUUCCUUUGAAGAACUCCCCUCUUCAGUGAAGGUGGAAAGCAACAUCUCCCUCAUUUACCACAUUCCACAUCGUGAAUUUCAGCAAGACAGAAUCCUUCAACUACACUGUAAAAAUCUGAUUGUACUCAAAUCACUUCAGGAAAUAUCAGAAGUACUUUUAACACUUAGUUUCUCUGUUUUAACUCAGUUUAUAAGCUGCUGUGAAACACCUUCAGUUACAUUUCAGAUAUUUUUAUCGUGGUUUACAGUUCAAGAACUGCCCAGUGAACUGGUAAUUCCUCUGGCAAUGUACCUCCUGUGCUAGCCUGUGGUUUAGAAUAGCUUUAUUAAAGCUUUCAUUAUCGAACAGCAUGCUCAGUGUUUAGACUAGUGACAGCUACACAAGUUUACUUUUAUUAUGGAAACAAAUAUUUCCUGUCAUGUUCCUCAGGCUUAAAAUCCCAAACUGGAGAGUUUCCAGUUUAAUAUUAAUCCAGCAAAACUACUGUAAGUAAAAAUGGUUAUUUCAUGUUUGUGGUACCUCAGAAUAGAAACCAUUUUUCCAUGUUUUUUUGUUAUUCAAAUCAUAACUGAUUACAAGCGUUUUGUAGAACACGGUACUGUACAGAAAAUGCAUAAUACAGAGCAAAGUCUGAUAAAAGCCUGAUCCUUUCUCUAAGAAACAGUACUUUCAAAGACAUUUUGAAUUCUUUCCUCUUUAAAUUAUUAGUUGAUUUUUUUGAGAAUCAAAAUUGUCAGCCUACCGAACGGUCAAAUGAACUUACAUGAAUUUUGUUGCAGUAUAUAUAAAUAUACAAAUUCAUAUAAAAAGUACAUGUCCUGACUUUUUUCAUUUGGAAUCUGGCAACAUUACAGGUAUACCAUUCAAAACAUUUGAAUAUAAAAACCAUGAGAGGUUAUUUAAGACCUUAGUGUUCCUCUGAGGAUCUUGGCCAUUGUUGGUUAGCAUUCCAAGGAGCUGCCUUUAUCAAUAUUUGAAUUAAUCCGAUAGAAUAUUAGAGGUAACAUGUUUAUCACACGACACACGGUGGGGAAGCAUUGUGAAUAUACUGUAUAUGGGGAAUGUGAAACAUCUUGGGCUCUGUGCAUUACUGGUUCCAUACAGACUGAGUUCUGUCACUUGCUCACAUUAGUCUAUCAUUGUUUGCCUCUCACUAAUUUAUUUUUAUUUCAGGCCCCUAAAUGAACACAAGAUUACAUUCUCUCUUUGCACUGUGAACUGGGGCAGGAAUGUUACUCCACAUUGACUUUGUUUUUUUCCCCCACUUCUUUGGCUUUUGUCGGGCCAAAUGGCCUCUUGUUUUUUUGUAAGCUUUCUUGUAUUCUUGUGUCUUCCGUUUACACACAUUAAUUUUAAAUUCCAUAUAUAUAUAUAAUAGUAAUUUCACUUGAAUGCCACUCCUUGAAAAAAGGAGCCAUCACUCUGGCUAAAGUAGGUUAUACAUUGAUAAUUUAUCCUUAAUUUUUGUGAGAACAAUUUUAUUUGUGUGAUGUCUACUUGCAUUCUUUUACCUCAACAGAGAUUUGAAAACAUAGGUCAUUUUGAAGCUGUAUGCGGUCUCCCCUAACCCAAAGCUUAAGCCUGAUAUUCACUUAAAUUCAAAGCAACUGCAGAAACUAUGCCACUCCCAUACAACAGAAUUAUGAUUACCAAAAGUUAUUUUUAUUUUUCAUUGGUGGCUGUUACAUGAUUUUGCAAAUACUUUUAUGAUGAGACAACAUAACAUUUGCUACAAAUUCCCUUUCAAAUGUAAAUUUAAACCAUCCUUUCUGUAAAACUCAAAAUAUAAGCCAUUUGCCUGCUAAGUAGUGCUGCUUUUGUGAAAAACAAAAUCGAUAUGUUCUGUCUAUGUAAUGUGUAAUUUGAAUACUGUAUUAGAUUUGAAUUGUUUUACUAAUCAGGGAGAACAAAGUGAUCCAUUGCUAGGAAUUCUAAUUGAUAUUCUCACACAUUGGAAUAUCGGUGAUAAGUGUACAGUAUGUCUCUUCAGAGUCUGAAGAUCCUAUCUGCUCUCCUUUAAUCUGUAUGUGUUUCAUUGUAGAAUCAUGAAAUUCUGUGGAAAAUAAAUAUUAUUUUAUAGCAUUUA